AUGUUUCACCUUCAACCCCUAAUCUGGCCGUCGCUGGAAACAAAUUUUCCAAGUGACCCAUGUGAACGUUCGAGCAGCUUCGGAUAUGGGUACGAUUAUUUGGGCGCCUUGGGAAGCGCUUCUCUCCCGUAUGAUGACCUUUUAUGGAGAGAUCCCACUGCAAAGAAGACUGCAUUCGACAAUGGUUCAUCUCAUUGGGGUGAUCCGGAGAUCAGCAAUGCACGACCUAUUCGUUACUGGCUUGUCGGUGAAGGAGAAUGCGGAAGAACUGAAGGCGCUUUGGCCGAAACUUAUGGCCCGGAGAGUGAUGACAAGAACACAAAAAAAUUUGAUGGAGUUUGUUGUUCAAGUCCAAUGAAUUUUACGCUCCCAGAAACGACAACGAAAGGUUAUCCGACCGGUUGGAAAGAAGUCAAUUCAAAAGAAGUCCUCGGCGAUGUCGAUCCUUUCUUCCGAGUCUGUAGUGACAAAGGUGGAAUGUCCUGCUCAUCAGUUCCUUUGACUGCACUCAGCACUUCUGAUAAUGUCAACGUAACUUGUGGAGUUUGA